AUGUCUGACACCAUUCUCCACCUCGAUGCCCUCCUAUUCGAUAUGGACGGGACGCUCGUCGACUCUACAGCAGGUGUCGUGGGCGCAUGGGAGUUGUUCCGGCAGUCCUAUCCUACCAUAGAUGUCCAGGACAUUCUGAGCUCCUCGCAUGGCAUUCGUACGGUCGACAAUCUGCAAAAGCACUGUGGGAUCGACGAUCCCGAGAUCCUUGAACAAGAGGCGGAACGCUUCGAGAAGGCCAUCGUUAGUACCGCUUCUGAAGGCGGUCGUCCAGGCAUUGUUCUUCUACCGGGCGUAAAGCCUAUCAUGGACGAGAUCGCGUCUCUUCGUUUCUUUCCUAGCCCCCGAUGGGCAAUCUGUACCUCUGCGACUCGGGCGUAUGCUACUUCCGCACUAGCCUCCGCAAAGGUCCCCGUCCCAGAUGCAUUCGUUGCAUCUGAAGAUGUUUCCAAGGGCAAGCCAUACCCUGAUCCAUACAUCCUUGGGGCGGAGAAGUGCGGGGUCAAGCCAGAGAAUUGCGUAGUAUUCGAGGAUGCACCGUCUGGCAUCCGCAGCGGCAGAGCAGCGGGAUGCAAGACCGUUGCAUUACUCACUACACAUACCCGCCAACAACUUGAAGAAGCCAAACCUGACUUCAUUGUUAAGGAUCUGUCAUCCAUUUUCAUUAAAGCCACGGACACUGGUGUUCUCGUCACGAUUAAAGAAAAUUAG